GUGAAAACUAUCGUGUCUGCGAUUUACAUUUCGCCGACGAAAUGAAACUCCAGGCUUCAACAGGAAAAUUGCGAACUAACUUAAAGCCUAAUGCUUUUCCUAGCCUCCACUUAAGUAGUUCACAAUUUUUACAUGCAGAGACCUCGAACAUAAAUUUGAACAAAACUGCAUCAAAACGACCUGGAUCGCCUAUUGCUUCUACGAGUCGAAAGAUUAUGGCCAUAAAUAUCGAAGAAGAACAUAUUCGACCUGCGUUUCAAAUAGGCGGUCAAUUGAUUGAAGCGCUAUCUGGUGAACAGAGUGAGAACUAUAUCUCAAGUUUCCUUGGUGAUGAUAGAGAUGCCUAUCUAUAG